AUGAAGUUUGCUGUGAAGCUGAGUGCUCAUUUAACCCCCGAGUGGCGCAAACAGUACAUUGAUUAUGACGUAGACUGUUUCAGGAUCGUUAAUAGGUGUUUUUGUCUAGAGAAGUUGGCUGAGUCCAAGCGCAAGUACGCGACACUACUGGAGGAACUCCAGACUUUCUUGGACCCAGAGCGCAAAAAGAGUGGACUGAGACGAUCUGUUUCCCGGAAGUACCGUGAGUCAAUAUCGAGAAGUUAUGCGGAACUUUCGGAGGAUCAAGGAAGAGAUGGUAGUGAGGCUACUAAAUUUGAAAGCCAUGGCAUAGAAGAUGCGCAUUUACGACGUCGCGUCAGGUAUUCUUCCUCUGAGCAACCUGGCAGGAGAAUUUCAAAAGCCUCUUACAAAAAGGAGAAGACUUACAGAAGGCUACACGAGUUCAAGCUGGCUUUUAGCGAGUUUUAUCUGAGUCUUGUUCUGUUACAAAACUACCAGAUGCUGAACUUCACUGGCUUUCGGAAGAUUUUGAAAAAGCACGACAAACUGUUUCGUCGCGCCAACGGAACAGAGUGGCGGAAGGCGAAUGUGGAUGGAGCAGAGUUCAACAUUAAUCGGGAGAUUGACGGAUUGAUUACUAGUGUUGAAGAUAUCUAUACUGAUAAAUUGGAACAUGGAGAUCGAUCAAAGGCAAUGAAACGCCUCAGAGUGCCGCCACUCUCAGAGCGUCACAAUCCAAAGGCUGUGUUCUGGUUCGGAUUUUUCGGUGGAGUCUUUGUGGCUCAGACAGUUGUGAUUAUUUUGACAUAUAUAUUUCUUCGCCCUUUGCCCACAAACAAUAUCCCAGCUGUGCGCAUAUUCCGAGCCACCUUUUUGAUAAUAUUUUUCCUCAGUCUCUUCGGACUAAACACCUACGGUUGGCGCACCUCCGGAGUGAAUCAUGUACUCAUAUUCGAGAUCAACCCCAGAUCACAUUUGGAUCAUUAUCAACUGUUUGCGAUAUCCUUCUUCUUCGCCAACGUAUGGGGAUGUGCUGUUUUGUAUUACAUGUACAGCGAGGUACUUCAUGUGCCCAGCUACCUUUCUCCGCUCAUUCUAGUCAUAUUCCUUCUUUUGUGUCUCCUCAACCCGUUCAACUUCGCCCAGCAUCGAGCCCGACGAUGGCUGCUUCGCAAGCUUGUGAGUUCUUUAUCGUUUGCAUUCCACUGGUUAGUAUGGAAUCUGUUGAUCGAAAAUUUUGAUGACACUACGCGCUACAGAACUGAACUGGUAUUUGGUCGGUUGACCGCCAAUCUCCGUUUCUUACUACCGUUCAUGUGGAAUUGUAUUCAACUUACACACACAGAU